AAUGGCCUCGCUUCGGCGUUUCCAUGGUAACUGUUUGGCAACCACCAAUAUGGCGAGUGAAACGCACGCGUUUGCUCAAACCUUCUCAUUUAAUCUGCUUCCCAACAGAAAGUUCACAAUCCUGGAAGAUACGCGGAUAUUGGAACUGUUGAUGAAAUGGUCCAUGUUGGGGAGAAUUUCCAUCCAGGCCUUUAACUUUGACCAGGUCUUUCAGUCUUACAUGAAGAAUGACUUUGUUCUGAAUUUCUUUCAGGACCCUUGUGUGAAAAACAACUUGCAUGUGUUGGACAGUUUGGGCGUAUGGAAACCUCUGGGCAGAGAUGUUACACAUGUGGACGUGGAACUUGUUCCAUGCACUAAAGUGUGUCUGAACAUAUUUGAUCCAAUCUUCUCCAGUGAAAUUGUGCAUCCUUCUGGUCACAUUGCCAAAUGUUUCCAUGAAGUACAUCUUGACUUCGAUGAGUUGCGGAUGAUGCUUCUUGAAGAGGAGUCUCAUAACUAUCAUGUGGUCAGUCCGUGUGACCGUCAGGAGUUCCUGUUUAGGCUGUUUAAGCACAUCGUACUGGGUGGUGAAAUCUGCCAGUAUGAGGACUUCAUCAGUCCCUACAUUGAAACUGCAAAAACAAUGUAUAAAGAUUUGGUGAGUGUUCAGAAAGAUUCUGAAACAAAGAUGAUCAGCAUCGUAUCAACUAUAUUGAAAGUCUCUGCCUACGAUGAUUAUGGUUUGUGUUAUCCCUCUGGAAGAGACAACGAGCAGACAUUCGCCUAUCUGUGCAUUGAUCCUUUCAAAAGACACGUGUAUGUCUUGUACCACAGUUUUGGCAUCGGCAAGUUUUCUAAUAAUGCUGUUCUGUGCUCUUGAACAAUUUAUUAGGGUUUUUUCUUUCUUUUACUCUUUUUUUUGUCAAUAAUUGUCAUUCAUUUUUAAUUAUUAAAGCUCUCUAAAUGAAUCUUUGUCAGGAAAACAAAAGCACCGCCGAACCAAAAAAGGUCCUUGAUAAUGUUGUAAAAUGUGUAAAGUCAAUGACAACCACUAUUUACCUGGCAGACUGCUAAAUCCUCACUUGUCAGCAGACAUUGUUAUUAGAAAUAGAUUUUUUUUUUUUGUAGGGAAGAAAAGUGAUCGGGCUAAAGGGUGGAAGAUGGAGUUCAAGUUUAUAGCACCAUCCUCUAGAUAAUGGUUGCUUUGAAAAACUGUAGCAAAAUUUGGACAUGAAAUUGUACUUAUACUGAUACUAAUUGGUGUUUUAAGUUGAAUUCCAAAACUACAAACUAGUCUUACCUAAUAUGUUCCCAAUGUUAAGGCCAUCAGCGAUUACACUUCCUAAACUCCCAUAUAUUCUUAGCGUGGUCAUCAAACACCCACACACACACGCACACACGCCUUUUUAAGGCAGACCUACCAGGAAGUUUCCCAGAAUACACAAAUGAAACCAUUGCUGACAUUGGGAAAUUUUAGUGACCUCAAACAAUGUAUUUUGUGAAAAGCCAAGCGGAAAAAAAACUACCCUCUAAAUGGAUCAUUUCAACACUUUUGUUCCUUUAAUGACCGUUUACUGUGUUUUAUAGGCUAUAGUAUGGCAUUUCUUCAGUUUACUGUAUACAUUUCACUAAUGUUCAUGCAUGGAGUUGAACUGUAUGAACGUAUCAACGUAGACUAUAACAGCUAUUUUUAGAGCAGCACAAAUGCGGGUUCAGCGUGUGUAACCUAGUUCAUGUUCAAAGUUCACAACUUUCGUAAAUUUCAAGUGUGGCUGAAGGAUGGAUUUUAAACUUAUGUAUGUUGUUAUUCAUUGAAAUGUGUCUUUGGUGUUUAAAGUUAAAAGGUAAUAAGGUUAAUAUGGCCCUGGGAAAAUGAGUCCUUACUACAUGAAAACUUUGGAAAAGUUUAGUUAAAGGUAGGAUAGGCAAUGUUUUUCAUAAACAUUUUUGUUAUACUGGUUGAAAGUCUCUUCACAUCCUGAUAGCAAUCCAUAAUUAAAGUGUUAAUUAAUAAUAAAACGUCUCCUGUGGAAGUCUCGGGACCAUAAAAUGUUCAUCCAAUCGUUGUAUGAAUGUAUUUGCAUACCUGUGCGCACCCUGCUCUUGCUGAUAUCACACGUCAUCAGCGUUUUUCCAUGAGGUUAUGCAGAGAAACUGCUAGAGUCACAGAGUGACAAUGGCAGACAAACUUCAGCCACCUUUUAUAGCUCCUCCUCAACCUGUGCACAUUCAUUUGUUUUGGAGGAGGCGUGGCUUUGUAGAGAGCUCUGAAGGGAGGGUGAGAUCUUGUCCCCUUGUAUACUUUCAAAGCUAGCUUGCUGUAGAGGAUAUGCACAUAACGUACGUCACGGUAGCCGGAGUUCGCCGUGGUCACGCCCACUGUGUACAGCGUGAAUUAUGCAAAAACACAGGGAAAAAAACGCAUCUAAAAUCAGGGAAAAAUGUGUGAACGACUGUGCUAACCGAUUCAACAAGAAUUCAGAGCUAUCCUUUUAUGGAGUGCCAAAAAACACACAAAUGAGAAGUAAACUGGAAUCCAGGUACCGAAACGUGGAUUUGCAGUUGCCAAUUUGUGACAGAUGUACAGCUUGAUGACCGGUAUGAUAAGAACCCGCCCACAGGGAAAUUGUGGUCUGUGUGGAAAGUACCGUACAUACUUGAAGCCUACAUUCUCGUUUGUUGAUCCAGUCCUACAGGACUAACUACUGACUCACUCAUCAGUUAAAAUACACAAACUUCUAUUUUUCGUCUCAUCCAGGGUUUCCAUUGGGUUUUCCCCCCGUGACGUCAGCAGAUAAUCGUAGCCAUUUUGAGGCGUUACUAAGAACAGAAAAGGACAGUGACUAUUAUCAGCCAUCUGUCUACAGCUCCUUUCAUCGGCUUUACGUGGUAACUGCACAACUGAAGCAAAGGGAUUUUUCCUACCAAAUCAAACCGCUGUCUCUCAAUCACCAUCAUUUUAUUUCAUUAUAUAUAUAUUAAAAUUUCACACAUGGAUACGUAAACACCACCCUAAGGGAUGCCAGCAGGGAGAAGGCCUUUCUUUACCACAUCCAGGGGGUCUACUAGCAUAGGGUUUGUCAUUAACACAUGAUGCCUCGUUUAAAGUUUAGAUCGUGUCAGGGUUGGUUUAGUGUAUUUAUUAAUGAUCCUGGGUGAAGGCAGAUAGCAGACAUGGAUGAUCACCCAGUUCAGUUUGUUAAGUCACCUUUUCUGUUGUUUUCUAACACGUGUGUGUGUGUGGGGGGGAUUCAUUUCGCUUUUAGA